UCUUCCAACACUGAGAUAGACUGGGUACGAGUAAGUCUUGGGGAAUCGUUGUAAGAUAAGAGUCGUUGUUAAAUUCUCACGCUAUGGCAAAGUUCUACUUUCUGCCGGCCCUUUUUCUUAUGCUGUGUUACAGUGUAGUAACUGCUGGAUACGAAGGGAGGCAGAUUGAUCGCGAAUGCAAGCCCUUCCCGUACUCGUUCUUUGAGUCGGCCUCAGUUGUGAUGGAUUUCGUUCGCUGGAUCGCGUGGUUCUUCAGAAAUUUACUCAGCGCGACUUACUUUCUGCUCAAUACUGUAGUCAUCACUGCCUGUGAAAUCAUUUCUAGCAUCUUCAGCAUUUUUAGACAUGCCAUCAAGCUGGUGGAAUAUCUAGGCUACUGCGUGCGAGCAAUCUUGCAAGUGAACUACAACUUCGUGUCGUCUGUGUUCGUGUGGCUUGCCAAACUUGCUGGGUUCCUGACCGACACAAUUCGAUACAUCGCCGAGGGGAUAAUCAGCGUGAUAUCUUCUACAUUUCGACUUAUUCUGCGCCUUAUUCGUAGCAUUGUAUCUUCAAUUCCUGCUGGAUUUUACCGCGCUUUCUAUGGAGCAUCCUCCGCCAAAAACACCACUGGAAUACUUCUGCACCAGUCAUAUCUGGGAUGGAAAUACAUCUUAAAAACUCCCAGUUCAGCACUCAUGACUCUCGUAACGAGCAUUAGAGCUGUCAUGGAGUGUAUUUUAGUGUCAAUGUGGAACGCUGGCGUGUUGUUGGUAGAACUGUUGUGCGCAGUCGCCCAGUCGACUUUUCGAGGAAUUGAAUUUGUAGGGAAAUCUGUGCACACUUGUACUGUUUCAGCCUGGCAUCAGAUUAUAACAUUUUUGAAUAUGCUACUACAUGGACUGCGAUCAUUAGUGAUUGCAAUAGGAAAGUUCUUUCUGUUUGUAGGUCGCACAUUUCUGUGGCUGAUUACUUUCAUUUUCCGUUCCCUUGCACAAGGUGUUUCUACCUUUUUCUCAAUGACUGGAUGGUUGUUUGCACAGGCAUUUAAUUGUGUGUACAGAGGUUUGAUCGAAGUUGGUAGAUGGCUCCUCAGUUGCCUUAUCAUGCUUCAGAAUGUAAUAACUGCUAUUGCAUACUGCUUGCCUGGCGGCAGAUGGACUCUCUUGAGCCUUGUUUCGAGCACCUUUUUGAUUGCAUAUGCAUGGUCUGCAUUGAGAGUAAAUGUGUUCACUAUCGCCUAUGGACUGCUGGAAAGAUAUAUACAGGGUGUUUUAGCAUAUCUUGCAACUCUCCAGACUCCAAGCAUGCCAAGAUUUAAGAAAACGUUCCCUACUCCUGAAGAAUCGUGCGAGAUGCCCUUGGACGAAAAAGAUAGAGACUUGAGAGAAGAGUUAGAAAGAGAACGUGACAAGAAUUUAUGUGUUGUCUGUCAAACAGAGAAUAAGAAUAUUGUUGUAAUGCCAUGUCGUCACAUGUGUAUGUGCAAGAAUUGUUGCACUCAGUUGUUUCGAAUUCAUAGAUACCACAGACGGACAUGUCCAUUGUGUCGUCACAUAAUAACUUCAACCAUGGAAAUUUAUUCAUAAAUUUAUUCAUGUAUGUAUGUAAUUUAUUCAUGUAUGUAUGUGUGUAUGUGGUCUGUGACUUGCUGUACCAUUAGAGGCAAUACUUGAAUCAAGUUAUAAUUAGGUCCAGUUUAAAAUCUUAGUAAAGGCUGGUUUUCACUGGUGCGUAAGAAUAAGCACAAGCAACAUACGCAGACACAGUAGUUUGCAGCUAAGUAGUGCCUUUUGUUAGAAGAUUCUCGUAACAAAAAGACACUAAUUAUCAGCAUCUUACUGUGUCUGUAUAUGUCGACUUUUGCUUAUGCUUAUGCACUAGUGAAAACCAGCCUUCACGAAGGACACUAUUAGGCAGGAAUAACAUGUUAUUAGAACCAGUAAUGUGCCCCACAGUGUUCAGUUAGCAAGAAUUGGUUCUUUGAUAGGAUCACCGCAAUUUUGGAAUAAUAUUCACUAUUGACUUUGCACUUGUUCCCUUUGACUGGGUAAAUUGAACUACUUUCAGAAAUGGAAAGGGCUCAGGUCAAUACUAGCCAGACUAAAACAACUUACGGUUCUACUACAUUCCAUGUUCAAAACAGAUUUUUAAUCUGCCAAAAUUCAUGUCUUUUUUUCAACUUGUGCAAUUAUUAUGCAUAAGGUUGUAUGCACAGUCUGCCAAUGUUAUCAUCAGCAUGUGUGUUCAUACAACUUUAGGAAGGCACCAUUAAAUGUUAUUUUCAGAAUCUUCA